AUGGCCUCCUCUUCCUCCAACGUGGUGGGCGUUCACUACCGCGUGGGCAAGAAAAUUGGUGAAGGUUCUUUUGGUGUCAUUUUCGAGGGCACCAACCUCCUGAACAACCAGCAGGUCGCCAUCAAAUUCGAACCGCGGAAAAGCGAUGCACCUCAGCUCCGCGAUGAGUACCGGACGUACAAGAUCCUGGUUGGAUGUCCCGGCAUUCCCAAUGUCUACUACUUCGGACAGGAGGGUCUUCACAACAUUCUUGUCAUUGACCUCCUCGGCCCUUCCCUCGAGGACCUCUUCGAUCAUUGCAACCGCCGAUUCUCCACGAAGACCGUUGUGAUGGUUGCUAAGCAGAUGCUUUCGCGCGUUCAAACUAUCCAUGAAAAGAACCUCAUCUACCGAGAUAUCAAGCCCGACAACUUCCUCAUCGGGCGGCCAUCAACCAAGGCUGCCAACGUCAUUCAUGUGGUCGAUUUCGGUAUGGCGAAGCAAUAUCGCGACCCCAAGACUAAGCAACACAUCCCAUACCGUGAGCGUAAAUCCUUGUCCGGCACCGCUCGCUACAUGAGCAUCAACACACACCUUGGGCGAGAGCAGUCUCGGCGUGAUGACCUGGAAGCUCUCGGCCAUGUGUUCAUGUACUUCCUGCGAGGCGGUCUUCCUUGGCAAGGCCUGAAGGCUGCUACCAACAAGCAGAAGUACGAGAAGAUUGGUGAGAAGAAGCAGACGACAGCAAUUAAGGAUCUGUGUGAGGGCUAUCCCGAAUUCAACAAAUAUUUGAGCUAUGUGCGCAACCUUGGUUUUGAGGACACUCCCGACUACGAUUAUCUGCGUGACAUCUUGACCCAAGCUCUCAAGAACGCUGGUGAGGUUGAGGAUGGGGAGUACGAUUGGAUGAAGCUCAACAACGGCCGAGGCUGGGACUACAAGUCCUACUCAUCCCAGGCACACCUCCGCGAUCAACAUCAAAGCUCAUCCGGGCGUGAUAUGCACGCGAGGGAGCUCCGCAACAGUCAACGCCCGGGAGUCACAGCCGACCGUUUAAACGCCGCGCAGCCCCCGCCUCCAUCUCCAGCCAAGGCCGGAGCCCAGAGAACGCGCGAGCGCCAAAGCGGCGGCGGAAUACCGCCCAAACGUCAGAGCGGGGGAUUGGAAGGGUCGACUCCGGCCGCGUCAACUCAAGCGCAAUUCCAAAACUCGAAUGCCCACCUUCCCAACCGCAUUGGGAGCCCAGGAAACCAGGCACUGAAUAGCCAGCAACCUCUCGGUGCUCAGGACAACAACGAAACGCAGCCCACCCUCGUUCAGAAGGUGAUGAAGGCUCUGUGCUGCGGUAGGUGA